CAUUAUGUGAGAUAUUUAGAGAGAGACUCAACGACCAGCAUGGUUGGAGACAUAAUAAGAAAGAGAUUGAGGAGGGGGAGGGAAGGAAUAGAGGGAAUAUAGAAGAAAGGGUACAGAGAGAACACAAGCCACUUAGGAAAUGGAAAGGAAUAGACAAGGCAGACAGACAAGGUAGAAGAGAAGAGAACCAGCCAUGCCAAGGUCUACGCCAUGUCUCCCAGCCAACAAUGAGGCCUGGGCACAAGGGCCCAGUUAUGUUGUCAGUGACCACAAGGGCAGAUCUUCUGCAACAUGGGAAAAGAGGAAGCCAGAUCAAUAAAGGAAGUUGCUGGCCACAAAGAGGUGGAGAUGGAGAGGUCCUGCCCCGACUCAAUCCUCCACAUGAGAAGGUAUGAGAAUGUGUGUUACUUUACCCUGAUUCUCUCCGGACUCCUGAGCACCCCAGUGUCCCUGGACAGGGGGUCUUCCCCUUCCUGAUGGCUCUGCUGAUCUCACUUCCUGGAGGGAUUCUGACCCUGCUUCAACUGCUGUCAGCAGCAUGUCUGCAAACUGGGAACUCUGCAGGAUACAACAGAGCAAAUGGCUAUGGAGUCAACCAACCAGCUCACCUCUCUGGAGUCCAGGGCUGCUCCAUUGAGAUCCCCUUCUUCUUCUACUACCCCUGGGAGUUGGCCACAGAUCCAAAAAUGAGUAUAUCCUGGAGAUGGAAGCAAUUCCAUGGGGAAUACAUCUACAAUUCCACCAGACCUUUCAUACAUAAGCAUUUCAAGAACCGGCUCACCCUGAACUGGACACAGGGUCAGACAACCGGAGUCCUCAAAAUCCUGAACUUGAAGAAGACUGACCAAGAAACAUACUUCUGCCGAGUUUUUCUACAAACAACAGAAGGAAUGAAGGUGUGGCAGAAUAUUCCUGGGACCAAACUCAUCAUGAACCAUGCCACUCGCACCCCCACUACACUCCCAAGCACCACUGCUAUAACUUCUGCAAGCACGCAAAAUGACAUAGCAAAAGGCAGAGAGAACGGUGGUGGCCUGGAUCUGCAAACCACAAUUGGGUUGGCCAUGGCUGCUGCUGUGUUCCUGGCUGGGGUUUUGGGAUUGAUAGAGUUCCUCAGGAGGAAGAGACAUCACGGCCAGAGGACUAAAGCUGAAACCCCAGCCAGGGAGCCAUUGGAAACCAGUGAGAAACGUGAGAGUGUCAGCCAUGAAGGUAAUCCUGUCAGCUUCUUGUUUCCACCCUUGGCUCUGUCUUCUUCUCCCAAGACCCCACACUUCCAUAAGCAUUCCCUCAGUACUUUAUUUCCCACCUCCCACUGUCCCUCCAUGUAACCAAGGUCCCCACCUCACUGUGGGAAGUCCCAGCCACCUGCCAGCUCUCCUGUCACAUUGUCUGACUUCAGCACUCCAUGUUCCUUUUUCUAGGGCAAGGUAUGGAUCCCAAAGAG